AUGGAGUCGGCCCCCUCCACCAACGCCGAGCUGCAGUCCCCGCUCCUUGCCACCGCUUCGGACGCCUUCCCUAGCGCCUUCCCCAGCGCUGGCACCAAUGCGUCGGGGCAGCCGGGGGUCCGCAGCGCCUCGUCCCUCGCCCUGGCCAUCGCCAUCACCGCUCUGUACUCAGCAGUGUGCGCUGUGGGGCUGCUGGGCAACGUGCUCGUCAUGUUCGGCAUCGUCCGGUACACUAAGAUGAAGACAGCCACCAACAUCUACAUCUUCAACCUGGCUUUGGCAGAUGCAUUGGCCACCAGCACGCUGCCCUUCCAGAGUGCUAAGUACCUGAUGGAGACGUGGCCCUUUGGAGAACUGCUCUGCAAGGUUGUGCUGUCCAUUGACUACUACAAUAUGUUCACUAGCAUCUUCACACUCACGAUGAUGAGUGUCGACCGCUAUAUUGCUGUCUGCCACCCUGUCAAGGCCCUGGAUUUCCGCACCCCCGCCAAGGCCAAGCUGAUCAACAUCUGCAUCUGGGUCCUAGCCUCGGGUGUUGGUGUACCCAUCAUGAUCAUGGCUGUGACCCGUCCCCGGGACGGGGCAGUGGUGUGCAUGCUGCAGUUCCCCAGCCCCAGCUGGUACUGGGACACGGUCACCAAGAUCUGCGUGUUCCUCUUCGCCUUUGUGGUGCCCAUCCUCAUCAUCACCGUGUGCUACGGCCUCAUGCUGCUGCGCCUGCGCAGUGUGCGCCUGCUCUCCGGCUCCAAGGAGAAGGACCGCAGCCUGCGGCGCAUCACGCGCAUGGUGCUGGUGGUGGUGGGCGCCUUCGUGGUGUGCUGGGCACCCAUCCACAUCUUCGUCAUCGUCUGGACGCUGGUGGACAUCAACCGCCGCGAUCCGCUCGUGGUGGCCGCGCUACACCUGUGCAUCGCGCUCGGCUAUGCCAACAGCAGCCUCAACCCCCUGCUCUACGCCUUCCUCGACGAGAACUUCAAGCGCUGCUUCCGCCAGCUCUGCCGCUCGCCCUGCGGCCGCCCGGAGCCCGGCAGCUUCAGCCGUGCCCGCGAAGCUACGGUCCGCGAACGGGUCACCGCCUGCACCCCGUCCGACGGUCCUGGAGGCGCUGCCGCCUGA